GAAAAUUAAUGGUGGUGUUCGGUUCUACGUCGCGCAAAGCAAGUCUCUAAAGUCUCGCAGAGCCAAGAAUAUAUCUCAGAAAAUCUUAAAUCUAAAAAAUCGGAAGCGAGGAUUUACCAAGUUAGCGGUGUGUAGGAGAGCCACUGAAAAAAUUAACGACCGAAAAACGGCAAUUGUUCGCAUUGCAAAUGCAAAUUUAAAGUGUGCGCAAGUCGAAAGGAGUGAGAGGGGAACAAAGAAACACAAUUAAUGAACGUGAAAUAACAAUCCGGCAAAUAAACCCGAUACCAAUACUUAUACCGAUCUGCAGCAGCGAAAAAAAAGAAAAACCCCAACAGGCACCCAAUAAAUGUACAUCUCUAAAUGCAUCAGCUAAGCAACAGUAUUUUUGCUCAACAAUAAACUUACGAGAACUCUGAAGGCAGGAAAGCAGAAGAGAUAUUUUCAUAGCCGUGAUUAUUUGUUGCAUUUGAAGAGGAAACAGUAACACUGAGGAAGAUUCGAGCGGCAAAGAGAACGCAGCGAGCUUAAGCCAACAACGUAGUACGACUAGCAAAAGACACCACCAAUUUAAUUUAAUCUAGAGAAGCAUACAAAACCGCAAGCAAGCAGAAGAAAAGUAGCCAAAUCUCUAUCUCUAUAUAUGUAUAGUAUAUGUAUCGGUCAUUUAUGAUUGGUAUAUAGCAGCAAAGUUAUAUAUUUACAAAGCCCCUAACACUUAGUCGGAGGUGAGCCCAGAAAAGACAGAACCACUGCUGCGAUACAGACCGCUGAGCACGGUCAACAUCCAGAUACACUUCAUCCAAACCGCGUCAACACAAAGCCAGCAAAAUAGAUACCAUGGAAGACAAUAACACGAGCAGCAGUGCGGGCGGUGCGUCCAUUAAACACGAGGACCCAUCGGUGACACUCACAAUAAGGCUGAUUAUGCAAGGAAAGGAAGUUGGUAGUAUUAUUGGUAAAAAGGGUGAAAUUGUCAACAGAUUUCGUGAAGAGUCUGGUGCCAAAAUCAACAUUUCGGAUGGCUCGUGCCCGGAACGUAUUGUGACUGUGUCUGGUACAACUAAUGCAAUCUUUUCGGCAUUUACGCUCAUUACAAAGAAGUUCGAAGAGUGGUGCUCGCAGUUCAAUGAUGUAGGCAAAGUUGGCAAAACUCAAAUACCCAUUCGAUUGAUUGUGCCCGCCAGUCAAUGUGGAUCGUUAAUUGGCAAGAGUGGUUCAAAGAUCAAGGAAAUUCGCCAGACCACAGGCUGCUCCAUCCAAGUGGCCAGUGAAAUGCUGCCCAAUUCGACAGAGCGUGCGGUUACUUUGAGCGGCAGUGCCGAGCAGAUCACCCAGUGCAUCUAUCAGAUAUGUCUUGUCAUGUUGGAGUCCCCGCCACGCGGUGCUACCAUCCCGUACCGACCGAAGCCACAGGUGACUGGACCCGUCAUCUUGGCCAAUGGACAGGCCUUCACCAUUCAAGGAAACUACGCAGUGCCCACACAAGAGACCUGUCCAGUGUUUCCACUUGCCCUGGCUACCGGCGGUCUACAUGCUGGUAUCUCAGGCUUGGCGGAUCCUUUGUUAAAGGGGGCACAUUUACAAGGAGCGAUACCAGCACACCACCAUCACCUACAGCAAAUGCCCGAUGUGGCCAAGAACCCGCUGGCCAGUCUGGCCGCCUUGGGCCUGGCUGGGAUGAAUCCGGCCAGCACUGGGGGCAUCAACCACACAGGUGAGUUGAGCGCUUCUGCGGCCAGAUGCCAGACAGAUUUCCAAUCUAAUCUAGGCUCUGCCCCAGCAGCCUUGGCUGCCCUGGCCGGGUCGCAACUGCGUACAGCGAAUCCCGCGAACCGAGCCCAGCAGCAGCAGCACGAGAUGACCGUCUCAAACGACCUGAUCGGCUGCAUCAUCGGCAAGGGAGGCACCAAGAUCGCCGAGAUCCGCCAGAUCUCCGGCGCCAUGAUCCGGAUCUCCAACUGCGAGGAGCGCGAGGGCGGCAACACCGACCGCACCAUCACCAUCAGCGGCAAUCCGGACUCGGUGGCUCUGGCCCAAUACUUAAUCAAUAUGAGAAUAUCAAUGGAGACUGCUGGUCUGCCCAUACCCGGUUACCACUAUAUUGCGCCCAGUGCAAUUGUUAAAACACCCAUUCACUAAAUGCAACAAUCACCAUCACCGCAACGGCAGCAGCUAAGGGUGCCGGAGGAGGCGGAUGAGGAGGAGUACUGCUACUGGAGGACACCGGCGGAGGAGCAGAGGAGAAGAGCAGCAGAGGAGUAACAUGAAACGUCAAAUGUUAAAUCAUAAGCAAUAUACAUAACAAAAACGGAAACGGAAACGUAAACGGAAAAGGAAAAGGAGAAAUAAGGAGAACAUAACUCACACGACACUGUCAGCGAUCACACAUUGAAAAGAUUACACUCAUACCAACACACAGACACACUCAUAGACAGACUCGGAGAGAAGCAUACAUGCAUACACGUUAUAUUUAUUCAUUGAUUCUUAUUAAUUAUGAUAUUUUCAUUAAGUUUUAAACGCAAGGGCAAACAAAUACAAGAACUUUUAUGUUAAACCGUUUUCGCGGGGCCCGGCGCAGCGCGCGCCGUGGGGGCCACCCAAAGUAAGAACAGAACAGCAAUUAAUUGUAAGAUUAGUCAAAAUGAAGACAAAAUAAAAGUAUAAAAAUCAAUUAACCACAUAAACACAUAAACAAACAAAAAUACGAAAAUCCAAAACUACAAAAUACAAAAAUACAAAAAAUUGCGAAAAGGCAGAAGUUUCAAAAUGCAGUUAAUUCUAAGCCAACAAUUUGUGCACGAGCAUGACCAAAAAGGAAGCAACAAGCAGAAAGUUAUGAAGAAAAGGUUAAGCGUAAAGAGAACGUACACGAAAGAGACAUUGAACAGACAACAAAAAAGCAAAAAAACAAACAAACAAUCUAAGAAACAAAGCAAGCAAAGACAGACAGACACAACAACAUAAAUUAUAUUUACAGCAAAUUGCAUCUAGCAUCGAUGUUUGCGUUUGUUAGUUGUUUGUUUAUAUGUAAACAUAUAUAUAUUAUACGAGUAUAUAGACACGGCGUAUAUUGAUAUGAUAAUUUUUAUUUUAUUAUUUCUAUUAUGGUAAUUGUUAUCGAAAUUGUAUUUGUGAUUUUUGAAUAUGUUUAGACUGAUGUGCAAAAUUGAUUCUGUUUAUUAAUUACAAGUAAACUACACAUAAACAUUAUGGACUAAUUAAUAGAUAUCUCUCUCUCUUUUUUUUUCGUUCUAUUAUCUUCUAUUGUCAAAUGAAAGGACUCAUUUAUUCAAAAUUAGAUUUAAUUUGUUGACAGCAACAACACAAAAGCACUUUGAUAAGCGAAACUCUAACUAGCAAAGGGAUUUCCGAUUGAAUGACUUAUCAAAGGCGUUGUAGUAUCUUUCGUUUGGUUUAUAGUGAAAUGCCUACUGCUGAGUGGUAAACCACAUUUAAUCUACUUACAAAUUAGCGAAAACAAUUUGAGUUACAAUAAUAAUUUUUAAGCACUUUUGCGGCGAUUAAAAAGACUUUUUCAGAAGCGUUGAGAAAAACGAGAAAUGGAUUUAAAUAUUAUAUUACGAUUAUGCUUAAAUUAAAGUAUAAUUUAAAUUUAUUAGCUGUUAAAUUUACACGCAAAACAAAACUAAAAAACAAAACAAAAAGAACCACGACAAAAGAGAACAUCAAAAAUAAACUGAUUUUCAAUGUUAAAAUUAAAUUAAUUUUAUUCUAAUUUAGUUCAUAGGCUGGGCAGUUAAAACCAAAAACAAGAACAAAAGCAACAACAAAAACAAGAAAGAUUAUAUUAAGAGACACUAAAACAUUUAGUUACUUAUACUAAACACUAAUUCACAAUAAAGCCUCUGGACAUGAGCUAAACGGUGUCGAAAGCCGAAGGUGAAAGCGAGAGCAUCAGUUUGCAAAUGGCAAAAUGUGUCAAAUUUUAUUAUACAUAUUAAUUAUUUAGUAAGAGGAUUUAUCAAAGCAUAAAGAAAACAAAAAACAUAUCCACUGCAAACGAAAACCAAUCUAACCACAACUUAUUAUAUUAACCAAACACAAAAACCGAAAGAUGAACAAAUUAUAAACCCAAACAUUACAUAUAAAGGCAAACAUAUCCCAGAGAACGCAAUGCAUGAAUCUAUCUUAUAGACAUCUAUGAUUUAUAACUAACCCACACUUAGUCGCGGUGUAGGUUUUGACUUGAGGAAUUGAUUAAAGAAGCAUUCAAAGUUAUUUCCCCUGACCAACUUCUCUUGUCAGCCUCAACACCCGUAAUUGAUCUUCAGUUUCAUCAGCCUCACACAUUGUUUAACAUCUUGCGCUCACUAAAGAAAGACAAACUUAUGAGACAACAAAACUUGAUUACAGGAAAUUGUUAAUAGCAUAAAGAGUAAAAGUAUAAUUAAUUGAACAAAUAAACCACAACAAGACGGGCCUAGCUGUUAGCUGCUCUCUUUCAAAAUACCGAUCAACCAACGGAGGAUCAAGCCAGACAGGCAGGCGGUGGAUAAAUGAUAUCAUAUGGCGAAACUAUUUCGUGAUUUUAGUGACAAAUAUAUUUCGCUGACGACAAACAAUUUGAAGCAAUCAUUUUGAAAUCAAGAACUUCGGUUCCCAACUUAAGCUGGAACGGAGGGAAAAUAAAACAGAAAAUACUGAGAGGCAGAUGUGGGAAAUCAGUCAAGAAACCGUAUAUCUAUAUAUAAAUAAAUGAUAUAUCUAUAUAUAAAUAUACAUAAAUUAAAUAUAUACUUAUUAUGUACACUUGUAUUUAAAUGUAUUUGAAAUAUUUAGUAAAUUUUUUGCGCAAGUUACACAAAAAAACCAAAAAAAGAAAAUGACAAAGAAAAACUCUGAAAAAAAAAGACGAGGGCGGCUACGGAGAUAGACGGGUCAACAGUGGCUAACUGGGAUUAUUUGUAAAAUAACAAAAUGAAAUGAAAGGGAUAAUUAAUUUAUGUGUAUGUGUGUAUAAGAGAAAUAGCUCAAACAGAUUUCACAAACAAUUUUUACUAAAUAUGCGUGUAAUUAAUGUAAUUAUUAACGACAUUUUGUUGAUAACUUGUAAAUUUGCAAAGGAAAAAUACGUGUAAGAAAAGCAAUUUUAAUGGUGCCUUAAAAACCAAACCAAGCAAAUUUCUUCUAGCCUGCCUUGCCUGCCCCCCUCAGCGAACUCAGUACUUAACUGGAUGGCAUGUGAGUUUUCCACCUUUUCCUCCUUUCUCCCGCUCUUCUUCUCGAUACUUCCACUUCCCAGGAGCUCUUCUUCCAAGAUCGACCCGAUCAGAUCGGGUUGGAUCAGUUGAUAGAGCCCGCUGAUAUGAUACGAUAAGCUUAGUUAUACUAUCGUACUAUCGUUUCGACAUAAGAACUUAUCCCUUUUAGCGACACGUGGUGACCCACAAGUGCUCAAAGCUAUCCGAGUCCGAUGCACUUCGAUUUGAAUUCGAGUCAGAUUCUGAUUCCGAUUCCGAUUCUGAUUUGGAUUCAGUUGGCACCGAACUUAGCUGCAAGUACACACGUAGUGGAUGCGACACUGAGACCCAAGAGAAUAUCAACAAUUAGCCCGAGCAAAUGAAUACCCAGAACAGAAGCAAACAUAUUAUUCAAAUUAUAUACAUAUACAGCAAACCGAACACACAUAUUAAUGUUUCUCUCAGUGUAAUUACAAGUCACUUGAAUGUAUUUGCUCACAUUUUUACAAUACAUGUCGAAGAACUCUACACAAUAAGCAACAAACGUAAAAGCAUUUAAGGCACUCGAUCGGUCGAAUGAAUGAUGGAUCGUUGGAUGGAUGCAAGGUCAUUGUUAAAGAAAAACGCAACUGUAGGAAAAGAGUAUAAAAAAAAACAGUAUAAAGGAAAACCAAUCCAAAAAAAAAACAUAUUUAUAUACAAAUAUAAAGCAAAAAUGAAACUUAACAUUAAGGUAUUUUAGAUAUUCUUAUUUAAUAUCCAAAAAAAGACAAGAAAUUAUACGAGCAGAGUUUUAAUUUAGAGGCAGAGAUAGGGAGAGAGAAAUGGGAGAUCGGGUCUAAGUAAUGAACAAAUAUAUGUGUAUUUAACUAACUAAAUAUCGGUGUUAGAAUUGUUAAGGAAACUCUAGAGAUUUUGGAAGGACACGAUAGAACGCUAGCAAUCCUGUUAUUCGAUUCUGUUACUCACAUACGAGUAUUCCUUUUCGGUUGCCACAUUAGGGAGCGAAGAUCUAAGGGGAAAUAUAACUACGUGUAUUCCAAUUCAUCAAAGCAAUUGAAGAAUUAAUAGAAGAACACCUAGGCAUUGGCCGGGGCCAAGGGGCUCUCGUUCCGUUGCCACUAGAAAUAUACGAAACAUCUAAGGUUUCUCAGCAUAACAAAGCGAAUCAAAGCAAAACCAAAUAUCGAGCAUUAUAUCUUAUAAACCUACGUAGAGCAACAACUUAACCACUAACAUACACACAUGCGUGCAUACAUAUAGACAGCAGAAACAGGGUAUCAUAGCUUCUUCAGACAAUACACAUAGGUAUCUACGAGUACACGUAUGCCUGGGUAUUGGAAUCGGAUUGGACGGACCGGACCGGACAGAGUAGAUAUUGGCGCAGGCAGUACACUUAAACUUCACAGGUGUUUUCAAUGAAACUAGCAUAUGUAUAUGUUUAUGUAUAUGUGUGUGUUUGUAUAUGUGUAACAAUAAAGUUGAAGAUCUCUCAAUCCAAAAAUGGGAACCGAAGGCCAAGAAGAUCACUGCAUUUCCUUGUUAGCCAGCAUGAGGGUUAAAUAAGGGGGCAAAGGGCAAACUAUUUGUCUGGCAUUUCGGACUCUCUCUUAAUCUCAUCUUUGGAGAAGACGAAAAGAAUGAAUAUGCAGCAUAAAAUUGAUAAAACUGAACAAUUGGGAUCAACUUAUAUUUUAAAUAUAAGAUUAAAUUGUAAAGACAAAACCUAAGCAAACCUUUUAAUUAAGCCCCGGAGUUUGUAGAAGUUACGUAAAUCUAGCAACGUCUAAAAAUCUCUUAAGAUGUAGGGGAGUAAAACGCAAUUUGUGCCAAAAAAAAAAAAAAAAGAAUAACAAAUGAAAACAAUGAGGUAGCAGACAGAGCAGAAGACGAACAAUAGAUACCGACUUUAACUGGCCAAAAGCACAACAGCAGCCACAAACGAGAACUCAGAGUAAAUUCUUUGCUUUUUUCGGGGAACAACACAUAGGAAUUAUACGAAUUUCAAUGGAUUCACAGUCGCCAGACAGUUACUCACAAAAGUAUUUAAAUGUUCACAUUUGCUCAACGCAAAGCACUUAAAGGAGCUUAUUUAACGAAAACCAAAACCAAAAACAAAAAACAAUACUAAACCAUAUAGAUGUGCGUAAUCAUUUCCACAUAAGUAAGUAGCCAGAUUGGCUGUAUUCGCAGUUUUAUUGCUAGAAGGUGCCAAAGAUCCCAGAGAAACCAAAGCUACAUACGAGUUAAUCGGGCAGUUCAUUCCCCAUUGGUUUCGUUGCAUACUUUUAGGCGAAACUUUGAGGCGUUCAGACUUGCGUUGCACUUCGGUUAGCCCCUGAGAUUUUGUUGCUAAUCUGCAGACACAAGCGAAAGGGAGGCAACACAGUCGCACCUAAACAAAUUACCGAAUAAUUGGAAAAUUGAGGAAAAAGAAAAGUAAACAAAGCAAAAACUAACUAAACAUAUUUACAAGUUGAAGAAAACUGCAAGGCAAUCAUAUAACUAGAGCUUCAAUAAUAAAAAAAAAGGACAAAUGUCAUAAAGGGGGAUGAAUUAUGGCUAUGAAACCAGUUGAAAAUGCCUAGAAAGUGUUUUGGAUAAAUAUAUAUUUAAGCAAUACUCACAAAUGGAUUAAAACUAUUUGCGUUAUCAUUGUGGUUAGAGCAAAACAAAGGAAAGGGGGUUAAAAGAACAAAACCAAAAGUUAGUGCCAAUUUUUAGUGCAAAUUUUUGCGUAAUUGUUUUCAUUUCAACGUUAUUAAAGAUACACCAAAGUAAAAAAAUAAAAAAAAAAACAAACAAAAAAGUUAAAGUAAACAGCAAACGAACAGUUGGUUUCAGAACCACCAAUUUUUGGGACACUUUCAAAAACAGAGACACAUGUAGGACCUGAAAGGGCCGACGGAACCGACGGACUAACGUAAGGCAAACUAACACUUAGCACCAGCACCGCAUAGUUUUCGAUCUGAACCAAAGUGUGUAGUGUAGUGUAGAGGCUAACUAACCCACGUACAUGUAGCUUAGCUCAAGAUACAUCGUCACCAUUAUUUUGCACCCGACAACCGGACAGAGACCCAAGUGGUCUACAAUGGACUAUAGCAUCGCCAUAGGCUCCAUGGUACACUUUGAAGGCAUCAGCAGAACAGGAACUUUUAAGUUGCAGUACACUGAAAGCAAAACUAUGGAAACACAAACAUACACACGCGUAAAACACGUAAAGAGAGGCGAUGCAAUGUUAAAUCGGAUAUCGCAAAUAUAAAAGUAAAGUUAAGCCAUAAGUGAAAUGAAUAUUGUUUAUCUGUGUACAACAAUAAUAUUUAAAUAAUUCUUAAAUGUGUAUUACGACUCUAUAAAGAACAAACCGAACAACACUCAACCGAACUCAUUGACACACGGCUAUAUCGGAGUGACCUGGGACAGAUUUGAUCAGACCGCUCGGAAGACGCCAAAACCCCAUUGGGAGUUCCGAUCUCACACCCGGACAGCCCUUUAGACGAUGCUCUUCAUAUGUUAGACUUUAGACACAGGCAUGUCCGAAUACACAGAACUUAAUCACAAUAAGCAACCUAAACGGUAUUAAAGAUUUCUUAAAUAAUGGCAAAAUGUACAAGAAAACGGUAAAACGGUAAAAUGGUAAAACGAGUUGAAAUAUGUAAAAACAAAAACAAAGUAAUAAAAAAACUCGAAAAGCAAACAUUAUUUACAACAUAUUUACAAUUCUAUAAAUUAUAUUUAAAAGUAUUUACAUAUAUAUGAAGAACAAACUCAAUGUGUAAGUAUGUGCGACCCCACACAUACUCGUAAAGAGUGCAAACGAACCCUAAAACGGACACGGUCUCACACAUAUACACACUCACAUCUACACCACUCACGCAUACGUAGGCAUCGCCAUCAGGGUGUAACGGUACAGGACGAGGACGAGGACGAGGGACUGCCUUCUCUGAUUACACCGACACUUACACUAGACAACACACGUCACAGAACGUAGAACAUAGAACACUGAACAGAUAUGUGCAAUACGACAGACUCGAAAUCACACAGUCACACGCAAAGUUAAGUGCAUUAUAAUUGAAUUUAUAGAGUUAAACGAAGCUAUUAAGUGAGAUUAUUUAACUGAUUAACUGAUUAUGAUUAUUAUUAACAAUGCAUACGCAUUUACUCACAACUCAUAUACACACCUAUAUAUAAAUAUAUAUAUAUAUAUAUACAUGGCAUAUAUCGCUGAAGAAUAUUUUCGUUGAUCAAACAAUCCAUAUAAGCAAAUAAAUUAUAAGUUAUCAUAUACCACAUCAUAUCAAACACAAGAAAAUACUGCAAGUUUACCCAACCAAAGGAAAUUGUAAGAAAUCAAGAUCGAUUUUUGAAAGCUACAUAAAUGUGUUGCGUUCUUUGAAUAAAUGUUUUUGAGUCAAAUUUUUACUUCAAAAACAAACAAAAAUAAAAAGUCUUAAAAGGUAAUAAAAUUAAUAGAAAGCAAGACACACAGACCUAAACAUAAGAACGUUGAGCUAGAAACAUUCUCACAGAUAUAUCUGUGUGAAAUUGAGAAAAUUGAUUAUGAAAAUGUACCACUUGUGUGAGGACAAAACCAAGAUAAGAACAACAGAAACCAAAACAAGAAUUUAACACAAUUUUUGAAUUCAUUAAAUAAAGGUAUGUGUUUAGAUAUAUUCAAAACAAA